AAAGGAAGGAAAGAAGGCUGAAAGGAGUCUUCACGUUUCUUGUGCCUCCAUCUCUCUAUUUCAUGUUUCUUUUGUGUUCCGUCUCUUUUGCUAGUCCUAUAUUGUUUCCAAACCAGUAGGACCUUUACAAGCAAACCAAAACCAAAACUGGAAUUGGGUUUCAUUCGAACCGUCUGGCUUCUGCGUACCAACCAUCUUUCUCCUCCAAAUGCGUACCAAUUGGUGCAAAGCUGAUUAUUGAAACUACAAAGUAGCAGACGACGCACACCUGUUCUGUCAAGUUAAUAUAUGAUCACUAUGGAUGUCAAAGGUAUAACCUGGGUUGGGUGUGUGUACGAGAAAUUUGAAUCUAUGUGCUUGGAGGUAGAAGAAAAUAUGUAUGAGGACACAGUUAAAUUUGUUGAAGAUCAGGUACAGACUGUUGGGGAGAGUGUUAAAAAGUUUUAUGCAGAUGUAAUGCAAGAUUUGCUCUGUGACUCUUCAUUGGAUCGAGAUGACGUAUCAGCCGGUGGUUUUCCUGUUGAACAUUAUUCAGAUGUUGAUAACUCUAAAUCAAAGAUCAGAAAAAAGAAAGAACAUGUAAAGGCUGGUGUUGAAGAAGUUAAAGGGGAUUCAGAGGUGAUUUCUGCCGUGUUGAAGGAUGUGGACCAUACAGGAUUGUUCCAUAGACAGCGUGUGUAUGAUUCUUGCACAAAAUCCUCAGGCAAUUGUGCCAAAUUAGCGUGCUCCAGACAAGACCAUGGUGUGAGAAGUUGUAAUAAGAAAAUUGUUGUCAGAGAAACUCCAAUCAAGGACAGACUGCCAGGGGCAAAUACUGCUGUUGGAAAAGAUUUCAGCAGAGAAUCACUAUCAUCAUGCAGUGAAUUUUCAAAUGAAGACCGUGACACUUCAUGUGACCAACCAGAUGAAGUUAUAACUCCUUCUAAACCACCCGAAGGUAUGAGAUGUGAUUCCAUGAGUGAAAGUUGUGUUGUCGCAAAUGCUAGCCAAUGCACAGGUGAUGAUGUCUCAGUCAACUGCCAGUCAUCUGAUAUGAUCGUUUUGGAUAAUUCUGAUGGAAAAAGAUGGAAUGAGCUAUUGGAUUCAUCAAUUGGUGGGUUAUCAACAGAAUUAAAUGGUGGAUCUAUUAAUCCCAGCAUGGAUGCAAUUGAGAGUAAUAUUGGUACACAUGGUACGGAAAUCAUUCAACAAUCUGACAAGCCAAAGCUCGAGGAAACUUGUGUGAUGGUGAGUGGUGAAGACCUUCAUUUUGUUCAUCACACGGUAGCCAACUAUAAGCCUUACAAGAAAAAAAUUCCAAAAGCCUUCACUUCGAGAACGAGUUCAGCAAGGAAGCAAGAAUACGAGCAGCUUGCUUUAUGGCAUGGACAUCAUACAAAGUCAAUUUUGGAAGGUGGAGAAGAGUCUAAGAAAUCCCCAACUCAUGAUUUUUGCGAAUCUGAAUGGGAAAUUCUCUAGGCGCCCUUGUAAAUUGUAAAUAAGCGUCCAACUUACUGCAGCAUCCCAUAGCUGAUGAUGGUGAUGUCGAAGUUAUAUCUAGAUUCUGAAAAAUUUGAGAAAAAGUGGGCAAUGAUUAUGUAAUCUCUUGGUGCUACUGUGCUCAUUUGUGGAGUACUAAAAAUCAUGUUUCUGUGUCUAAGAUAAAGUACUUGAAAAUGUUAUUUAUAGUACAACUCUUGGCCAACCCAAAUGAGACCUACAUUGUACCCAGAAUGAAAAAUAAAUUGGCUUGUAUCCAUGACCGGAUAAACUAUUGUUAUUCUCCAAUUGGUACUGUUUUCUCCUGAUAUUUGUUGUAGAUGUUAAGUUUCUGAAAUGAAGAUCUGGAGCCUUCCGAACUGGUUGAUGAGCUAAUGCUCAAUGCUCCAGGUGGUGAG